GAUUAAUUGAGGGGAAGAGGGAGGUUAGAAACAAAGUUUCUGGGAAAAGGGGGAGGAGUUCUAGGAGGAGGAAGGAAGAGGGGAGAGCCCAUUGUCAGAGCAGUGAAUAGGCUAUACCCACUUCCUGGUGGAUUCCUGGACUGGAUGUAAAGCAUGGGCUGAGCCUAGGGAAUACAUGCAGGAGGCUGGAAGUGACAUCCUGGCAGGCACACAGUUGGAACCAGGAUAAAGGGCCUCCCUGGAAAAACCUGAAACAUUUACUGAGGAGGGUUCCCAGAGCACAUGGCCAAGAGCAAUAUUGGAUUUCAUGGUUGGAAAUGGAGCAUCUUUCUUUUGUUUCUCAGUCUCAUCCCAGGUAUCUGCCACUCAGAAGUGGUGACAUCUCUGAAAGAAAGCCAGGGAAGUGAUACUGUGUUCAGUUUAGACUCAAAAAUAGGAAGUGACACCAAGAGAAUUAUGUGGAUCUCGACAUCUAAACACCUGAUCCUGGCCAACAGCUCUGCAGGGGAGAGCAGUCCAGACUGGAUCAUUAACAGCAAAGAGUAUAAGGGGAGGUUGUCUCUCCUUCCUGAUAAAUCUCUAAUGUUAAGCAAUCUGAAAACUGAAGACAGUGGAUGUUAUGAAGCUGACAUAAAAUCAUUCUUGGGAGUGAUAAUUACUCAGAAGUUCAAUUUAACGGUUUUUGAGUCUGACAAUACAGAGCCUAAAAUGAACCUACAGAAUCACUCACAUUAUUUUGCCAUAUUCAGCCUUGUUGUAUUCCUGCUAAUACCAUGUGUCUGCUACCUAAAACGACGAGGUAGUCAGAGAAGAGGUGAACUACAUACAGAGGAGAAUGGACAUUCCCAGAUGGCUUCUCCUCAGACCAAUGAAGAGAGUCUGAGGAUGCUUAAUAGAACAUCGCUAGUCACAACCAUACAAGAGGAUGUAGUAGGAAUGCGGAAUGGAGUUGGCACACAACAGGAAAACAGCAGAGAUCAGCACAGAUAAGAGUUAGGUGAUGAAGAAGGGAACAGCACAGAAUCUAUGGACCACAGGAGAACAGCACAGAUAGAAGUCUAACAACAUUGAUCAAAGAUGUGGGAUCUUGUAAAACACAUUUCAAUAUUGGUUGUUUGGUGAAAGAAAUCUCGAAUGAAAUUUAGGACCAAACAAGAAAUAGACAAUGUUGGGAAAUAAAAAAUGGAUAGUUUUGAUAAAUUAAAAAGAGGAAGAAUAGACACAGAGACAUUAUAUGAGGAAGAAGGGCUCAUGGUUCUGAAAACCUACUCACAUCAGGAAUGGUUUAAAUAGCCAACACAACA